UAACAAAUAAAAUGGCCCAAAUAUUUAUAAUUUUAUACCUGAUUCCUGAACCUCAGAACCUGAUACGGUGAGGUGAGCAGUUGAGACUUGAGAGAGGCGGAGGGCAGAGAAUCAGAGAGAGGCUGAGGACUGGAGACUAGAGAGAGGCGGAGAGCAGAGACUAGAGAGAAAGGUAAAAUUUUUAGGGUUUUGAGUGCAAUUGCCUAACUCGCCUAAGGGAAGGGCCGGCCCUGAGUGCUUGUGUUUUUGUGGGUUUUGAAGGCAUUUAUUGAGUAAACAAGCAUGAGGAAGCUAAAGUAUCAUGAGAAGAAGCUGCUGAAGAAGGUGAAUUUUUUGGAGUGGAAGAAAGAAGAUGGGCACAGAGAAGCCUCUGUUAUGCAACGCUACCAUGCCACUCACCGUGAUGAUUAUAAGAAGUAUUCAGGGUUGUGCCGGAUGGUGCAGAAGUUAGUGAAUAUUUUGAUGAAGAUGGACCACAAAGACCCUUUUCGGAUUGAAAUGACUGAUAUGCUACUCGAAAAGCUGUACAACAUUGGUGUACUACCAUCCAAGCACAACGCUGAUGCUCUAAAAGUGUGUGAACGUAUAACAGUGUCAUCCUUCUUUAGGCGUAGGCUCUCAACUGUUUUGGUGCGCCUGAAGUUUUGUGAGCACUUGAAAGAAGCUAUCACAUACAUUCAGCAAGGACAUGUGCGAGUGGGUCCAGAGACGGUUACUGACCCAGCAUUCCUUGUAACAAGGAAUAUGGAAGACUUCGUUACUUGGGUAGAUUCAUCCAAGAUAAAGAGAAAGGUGCUGCAGUAUAAUGAUCAGUUGGAUGACUAUGAUGCAAUGACCUGAGAGCAUAACACUGGAUGUUGCUAUUAUUUUCUCACGUCUCCCUAAUGAGGCAAGUUGGUUGCGAUCUUUGAACUUGUGAUUUUUCAUAAGAAAAUUUUCCCGUCUUUUAUGACGUUUGAUUAUGAUUUAAUAGAAUUUGGUAACUGGAGAUACCGAUCAUAGAUCAGAUUUAGCAAAGAUAUUAAUUAAUGCAUACAGCAGUGAUUAUUUAAAUGUAAAAUGAAAUUAGCAUCAGAA